AUGGCGAGCAACCCGGUCAGCGAGUUCAUCACCAAGCUCAUGGAGCCCAAGAGCAAGGGCGAGGCCGAGACUCUGGAGCACCUGUCCUCGCUGGCCGAGGGCGCCAAGUGGCGGCUGGAUGACGACCUGCCGGCCCACAAGAAGGCUGGCUUCCACCGCCACCACCAGUACACCAGCCCCGAGGGCUUCCCGGAGGUGCCGCGCCAGUACAUCGUGCCCUCGCACUCGAAGGAGCAGAACUUUGCCACGUACGCGGCCAACUCGUACGCGUCGGCGAUCGCCAUCCAGGAGGAGAUGAAGUCCCGCAAGUUCUAA